AUGAUUCCCCCCGAUGAAUCUGCCACAAACGACAACAAUGUAAGAGCAGAAGUAUGUAAAGCCACCGUUGGCGUCGUCCGCCUACGAGAAGGAUAUGAAACUCUGACUUUAGCUCUGAAAUCAAACCCAUCACCCCUGGUGGAGCUGGACCUGAGAGGGAACGACCCUGGAGACUCAGGAGUGAAGCUCCUCACUGAUUUACAUAAUUUACUUAAUGUUAAAAAACGUCGUACCCUGAGGUUGUUGAAAAGUGAUGCUGCAGAGAAAGCCUGUGUUCAUCUGACUUCAGUUCUGGGUACAAACCCCUUACUCCUGACAGAGCUGGAUCUGAGUGGGAAGAAACAAGGAGAAUCAGGAGUGAAGCAGUUCUGUGCUCUACUGGAGGAUUCUCACUGCAAACUGAAGACACUUAAGCUUAAUGACAGCAGUAUAACAGAAGAAGGCUGUACUGCUCUGACUUCAGCUCUCAGAUCAAACCCCUCACACCUGACAGAGCUGAAUCUGAGUGGGAAUAAACUAGGAGACUCAGGAGUGAAGCAGAUUUCUGUUCUACUGGAGAAUCCACACUGUAAACUACAGACACUGCUGCUGGACAACUGUAAUCUAACACAGGCAAGCUGUUUAGCUCUUACCACAGUCCUCAGCUCCAAUUCCUGUAGUCUGAAAGAGCUAGACCUGACCAACAACAAGAUACAAGAUUCAGGAGUGAAGUUCCUUGCUGACCAACUGAAAAAUCAACAAUGCAAACUGGAGAUCCUGAGGCUUAAUGACAGUGGUAUAACAGACGAAGGCUGUGGUGCUCUGUCUUCAGCUCUCAAAUCAAACCCCUCACACCUGAAAGAGCUGAAUCUGAGUGGGAAUAAACUAGGAGACUCAGGAGUGAAGCACAUCUCUGUUCUACUGGAGAAUCCACCCUGUAAUCUACAGACACUGGGACUUUCAGACUGUAGUGUAACAGGAGAUGGAUACGCUGCUCUGACUUCAGCUCUUAAAUCAAACCCCUCACACCUGGUGGAGCUGGACCUGAGAGGGAACGACCCCGGAGACUCAGGAGUGAAGCUGCUCACUGAUUUACUUGAUGAUUCAUAUUGUAAACUGAACACACUGAGGUUGUUGAAGAGUGAUGCUGCAGAUAAAGGUUGUGCUUAUCUGACUUCAGUUCUGGGUAAAACCCCAUUACUCCUGACAGAGCUGGAUCUGAGUGGGAAGAAACCAGGAGACUCAGGAGUGAAGCAGUUCUGUGCUCUACUGGGGGAUUCACACUGCAAACUGAAGACACUUAAGCUUAAUGACAGUGGUAUAACAGCAGAAGGCUGUGCUGCUCUGACUUCAGCUCUCAGAUCAAACCCCUCACACCUGAUAGAGCUGAAUCUGAGUGAAAAUAAGCUAGGAGUCUCAGGAGUCAAGCACAUCUCUACUCUCCUGGGGAAUACAGACUGUAAACUACAGACACUGCUGCUUAAUGACAGCAGUAUAACAGCAAAAGGCUGUGCUACUCUAACUUCAGCUCUGACAUCAAACCCCUCACACCUGAAAACGCUGAGUCUGAGUGGGAAUAAACUAGGAGACUCAGGAGUGAAGCACAUCUCUGAUCUACUGGGGAAUCCAGAGUGUAAACUAAAGAAACUACUACUUUCUGACUGUGGUAUAACAGGAGAUGGAUACGCAACUCUGACUUCAGCUCUCAAAUCAAAGCACUCACACCUGGUGAAGCUGGACCUGAGAGGGAACGACCCUGGAGACUCAGGAGUGAAGCUGCUCACUGAUUUACAUAAUUUAAUUCAUGUUAAAAAACUUAAAACCCUGAGGUUGUUGAAGAGUGAUGCUGCAGAGAAAGCCUGUGUUCAUCUGACUUCAGUUCUGGGAAAAAACCCCUUACUCCUGACAGAGCUGGAUCUGAGUGGGAAGAAACCAGGAGACUCAGGAGUGAAGCAGUUACCUGCUCUACUGGAGGAUUCACACUGCACACUGAAGAAACUUAAGUGA